AUGUCCGAAGUCAAGCGCACAUCUCCCUUUGCCUCCGAGGCGUUCCCAUCCCAAGGUUACCCUCAGGUCACCAUCUCACCAAGCCACUCAAGAACUGUCACAACAUCUGGUCAGUUCGGAAUUGACCUUUCAGGUCAAAUUGCCAGUUCCUUCGCAGACCAAGUUAAACUCUCAUUCCGAAACUUGGCCGCGGCGGUAAUUAGUGGCGGAGCUCGACUUGAGGAUGUUUUGAAAGUCACUAUCUCCGUUACCGAGGCGAUGACUGCGACUUUUGGCAGCAAAAUCCCGGCAAACACGUUGAUUGGGGUGGCGAGGCUGUUCAAGCCCGAGGUCCUAUUUGAGAUCGACGCCAUUGCUGUCCUCAAAGAGGAGUCCAAUGAAUCCUCCCCUUCGGAGCCCAUCAAGUCCGUCGAUGUUGUUAUUGUUGGAGCAGGAAUGAGUGGAGUCCAGGCUGCAUAUGAGUGUCACAAGGCUGGCCUCUCAUACGUCCUCCUUGAAGCUCAUGACCGCAUCGGAGGUAGGGCUCGAAGUGAGGUAGCCUCAAACCUCGGAAGCGGAGUAGUUGACAUGGGAGCGGCUUGGAUCAAUGACACUUCACAGUCAGAAAUGUAUAAGCUGAGUAAGGAUCUGGGCUUGGACCUAAUCACCCAGCGGGCAGAGGGUGCGGAGAUAUGGGAGUACAAGGAAGGAAAUGCCUUUACCGCUCCGUAUGGCGAGAUUGCGGUUUCCGAGACUCAGGCUCCUGAAGUGGAGAAAUUUUUCGGUGCACUCUAUGCAGUUAAUCCAUCGGAUGAGAGAGUCGCCGCGGAUCUUGACUCCCUUACAUUUUCCCAAUACAUCGAGCGUACCACAGACGACGCAACUGUUAGGGACCUCGCCAAGAUGAUAUCUAGAGCUCUCAUGGGCAUCGAAGCGGACGUAGUCAGUGCGCUGUGGCUUGUCAGAUUCAUCAAAGCAGGUACCGGGAUCGAGAACUUGAUCUCUGACCUUAAGGACGGCGCUCAGUACCAGAGGAUCCGGCAAGGAAUGUCGGCCUUCCCUCAACGUCUCGCACAACGAUUGCGGCCGGGCUCUGUGCGCUUGUCUACUCCUGUCACAAAGGUUACCCAAUCUUCCUCAGGUACCUGCAGGGUGGAAACCUUUUCCGGUCUCACCUUCACCAGCAAGAAGGUGAUUCUGUCAGCUCCAACACCUGUGUAUCACAAAAUUCAGUUUGAACCUCCAUUGCCUGCGUCAAAGCUACUCUUGUCCAACAGCACUCUGACUGGAUACUAUUCCAAACUUAUCUUCGUCUUCUCUAAGCCAUGGUGGCGGGAGAGCAGGCUUUCCGGCAUUAUGAACACAACUGUCGGCCCAAUUUCUUUCACACGCGACACUUGUUCUGAAGAGGAUGAGCAGUACUCACUCACUGGUUUCAUUGUUGGCUCCAUCGGCCAUGAGUGGUCUCUUAAGACAAGAGAAGAGCGAAAACGGUUGGGAUGGGAGCAGCUCAAGAAGAUGUAUGGCCUUGUUGUCAGCUCAAUUCCUGAGCCAAUCAACAUCCUGGAGAAGGAAUGGAUCAAGGAUCCGUGGGUAAUGGGAGGAUCAUGCCCUGGCAUGCCACCCGGCGUUUUGACAAGCGACGCUGGCCGAUCUCUUGCUGCUCCUCACCAGAACGUACAUUUUGUAGGGUCUGAGACAAGUGCUGAGUGGACCGGUUUCAUUGAGGGUGCACUUCGCUCAGGCCGUCGGGGCGCUAAUGAAGUUAUCACAGCGCUUAAGAAACAGCAGGCGGAUUAA